AUGUACAACCCGCACAUCUACCUGGCUCCGUCGGCACCACCUCCACCACCUCCGCCGAUCCACGUCCCCCCGCCGCACACGCACGCGCACGCACACGCGCCCCCACCCCAGCCGCCGCCACACGUCAUGCACGCGUACGUCGGGGUGACGGGGUGCCACGGCGGGGUGCCGUACCCCGCGCUGCCGCUGGUGUCGACUGCCCUGGCGGCGCCUCCUCCGCCACCUCCGCCGAUGCCACUGAUCGUCGACGAGCCCCUGCGCGCCGUGCACGAGCACGAGGUGAUCCACGGACACGAACAUCUCAACGCGCACCCGCACCCGCACCCGCACGAGCAGCCGCAGCAGAUCCCCGCGAUCGUCGACCACGAGCACCGGCACCCGCAUGACCUCGCGCCGCAAGAGCCAAUGAUGUACGCCGCCCCGGCAUCGCCCCCGCGCAAGCGUAAGCGCCACACGCGCACCACGACCGGAUGCCAGUCGUGCAGAGUCCAGCGGGUCAAGUGCCCCGAAGGCCCCGUGAUCGCGCACGGCAAGAUCGCGUGCCGCCGCUGUUGGGAGGUCGACCGCCCGUGCUUCUACCCCGUCGAGGGGACCGUCAAGCGCGGCAAGAUGAAGCAAGAGCGGUGGAUCCGGGCCGUCGAGGCCGGCCCCGAGUGGAACUAUGACACGGACGGCGGCGCGACCGACGAGGGCGUGGGCGUGUACGAGUGGACGAUGGCCACCGCCGCCACUGCGCCGGGGUCGACGGCGACAUCCACCUAUGCGCGCACCCAGUCGCCUCCCGACUCGGAGGGUGGCGGCGCCAGUGCCCCCGCGGCGCUCCCUACACUCCCUGCUCCUGCGGCCCCGGCGAUGGUGUCGUCGUCUGCGAAUGCACUCGUGCCGGUCACGGUCAACCCGACGACGCAGUCGACGCCGGUCGGCGUCGCGACGUGGAUCUCGAACGAGCUCCUCAACCAGCUGCUCAACCCCGCGCCGCCGAGUGUGUUGACGAGCUUCUCGCUCGCCAACCUGUCCAGCUCGGAGACGGACCGCUCCAUCGUGUCGUACUUUGAGUCGCAGGGGUGCAACGAGAUCUGCGCCGCGACGAGUUCAAAGUCAAACUGGAUCUUUGCGCAGCUGUUCCCCCGCCUGCUCACGAUCCUCUUCUCCCCGCCUCCCCCUUCAGAGGAAGGGCUCGCCCUCACCGUCCGCCAGUGGCUCUUCAACUGCCUCAUGCACCUCUGCUACGUGCACCGCGGGAACGUGGAGACGGAGCAGGCCAAGUCGUGGCACUGGAAAAGCGAGGCGCAGAGCUAUCGCCGUAAGGCGAGCUACGCCAUCUUGCGCGCCAAGGUGCGCUUCCCCGAGGACGCUUGGAAGACGGAGGAGUACUUAAUGGGCUUCUUCGUGCGUUGCAUGGCCGACAUGCUCGACGGCGGCCGAAUCUACCUCGAUGACGACACGCUGUUCGAGCCCCCAAAAGAGAUGCCGUCGCCGUUCUACCAGAGCCUGUGGGACAUGAUCGCGACGUACUCGAUCCAUCAGUUCGCCUGCUCCCCGCUCGGGUCCGUCCCGACCUCGGCGCCGCAGUUCGAGCUGCUCCCCGACGGGCCGGAAUGGGUCGAGACGUUCUUCGGGUACUCGCGGCGGAUCAUCAAGCUGGUCGGCAAAGUGAACAGCAUGGUAUCGCAGCGCGCAGCCCUCAUCGGCGCCGGCGCCGAGCUGGACCGGCGGGGCCUCGAGCUGCGCACGCAGGCGGAAAAACUCCUCGUCGACAUUGGCGACAUGUGGGCGUGGGACGAGGGCUCGCAGGACAUGGGGAAGAGCAACCGCAUCCAGCGGGGCAGCGAGGUCGUGCGCUCGGCCCUGCGGGUGAUGCUGCUCACCGAGGUUCUGAAUGUGCCACUUGACGACCCGCGUAUCGAGACUGUCCGCGCGCGCAUCAUCGAGCUCGUGGCCGACGCUGAGCCAGUCGCGAUGGGCGGGUUCCAGUGGCCCCUGACCGUCGUGGCCAUCUACACACGGGACGAGGCGCAGCGCGCCGAAAUGCUCCGCCUCGUCCGGCUCGCCCUCACCAUGAGCUUUGGCGGAAACUACCGCUCGUCUGAAGAAAUCCUCACUCUCUGCUGGGAGGUGCUGGAUAACAGCAAGGACGGGUACGAGAAUGGCAUUGCGCCCGAGCCCCGCACGGCGCCAUACCCGUCGCUCGCGAAGCGCAAGCGGCACACACGCACGACGACAGGAUGCCGCCAGUGCCGCGCCCAGCGAGUCAAGUGCAUCGAGGGCGCGACGCUCGAUAGCGGCCAGCGGGUAGCGUGCCGCCGGUGCUGGCAGGCGGAGUCACGCUGCCAGUACCCCGUCCGCGGCGUCGCCACGCGCGGCAAGCUCGACUGCGAGGACAUCUGGGUCGACGCCGUCGCGGCCGAGGUGUGGCAGGGCCAGCGGGUCAUCAAGGAGCGCGAGGCGGUCCUGAGGCGCUGGCAGGGGGAUGAUAGGGGCAGUGUGCUCGAGGUGCACACCGAGGGGGUUGAGGCGAGCGCGAGCUCCAAGGGGUCGUCUUCGAGCUUGAGCCCCAGUGGUGGCGGCGGCCCGAGCCGUGCGGUGGCGCGCCCCGCUGCUGCCUUCUCUGCAUCCCAGGCGGCAGAGCACGUCGCGUCCUGGCUGCACACGGGACAGGCGUCCCAGCUCCUCGAACACCUCCUCCGCCCAUCACCAGGCGUCCAGUUCACGACACUGUCGAGCCUGUCGACCUCAUCGGCGACGCGCGCGGCGAUAUCGUACUUUGAAACAAGGGGACACAACGAGAUUGUGGCUGUCAGCAACUCGCGCUCAAACUGGAUCUUCACGCAGCUCUUCCCCCGACUCUCGGGACUACUGCUCACCCCUGCUCUCGAGGCGAAAGAGACAGCGUGGCUGCGCGACUGGCUCCACUUGGCCCUCCUUCAACUAUGCUACGUCCACCGGUCGAACGUCGAGUCCGACCCGGAGCGUGCCGGCUUCUGGCGGUCCGAGGCGGCAAGGGCGCGGCAGAAGGCAGAGUUCGUGCUCCUCCGCGCGCGGUUUCGGAGUCGGGAGGGGAUCAACUCGGAGGAGUAUCUCACCGGCUUCUUCAUCCGCUGCAUGGCCGACAUGCUCGACUCGUGCCCGCUCGACCUAAGCCCGGAACGCACCCUGUCGAACGUCGCCUCAGUGGCGUCAAUCACCAAGUCCUCAGCGCUCAUGUACCCGAUGCUGCGGUGCCUGAUCCACACGUACGCCGUCGUGCAGUACGCCUGCACGCCGCUCUCGCGGACGUGCGCGGUCCCGGCGCCCAGUUUGCCGGGGUACGUGUCGUCCGAGGACGGGCUCGUGGUCAAGUUUUACGGGUUCACGCGGCGCGUCAUCGGGCAGAUGGGCCGCGCGAGCCAGCUCGUCGCGAAGCGCUGGGCGCUGAUCAAUGCCGGCGUCGACGCGAGUGUCUUGGGACAGGUGCUGCGCGCGGAGACAGACACGCUCGGCGCAGAACUAGGCGACGUGAGCGAGCAGAACUUUGACGCCGGUGUGUCGGAGCGUAUCCAGCGGGGGACGAUCGUCCUCCAACUCGCCCUCCGCGUCAUGCUCCUCUGCGAAGUGCUCGAGACGGACCUCGCCGACGAGCGGAUAACGCGUCUCCGCGCACAGGCAAUCGAGCUCGUGGCGGACUGCGACCCGACCAACCUGUCCGGCUUCCUCUGGCCCAUGACUGUCCUAGGCAUCUACUGCGACGACAAGGCCGACCGCGAGACAAUAGCGCACCUCAUGCACCUCAGCCUCGGGACGUCGUACGGCGCAAACUACCGCGGCUCGGACGAGGUGCUCGUGCUGUGCUGGGAUGUGCUGGAUGCGGGUGGGUACCCGCACGGGAUUGCGCCGUGGCGCGAGAGCAUGGCGGCGCUGGGGCGGAACAUCUGGCUGUGA